UCAGUGCCAGAACAGAAUGGGAUUCGAUGUGAGUCCUUCUUUAAAGCUUCAGCAGCGUUCCUCAUUUCACUGGAGUUGUAGUGGCAGGCUCACCGGCGUACUACAGUUGCUUGCCAGCUCAACCAUGGCUUUAAUAAUGAGGGUACUUCAAUUGUCUCUACUCCUUGAUGUGGGGUGUCAAGUACAUGCUUACAGGAUCGGAUAUGCUGAGCCGGAGAUGCCUACGUAUGGGCUGCAGCAGCCUCCUAGCUACAAUUCCCAGCAGCAGUUGGAACAACCUCCUAGCUACAAGCCCCAGCCACAGCAACCUUCUAGCUACAAGCCACAGGAGCCUAGCUACGAUCACCCCCAGCAGCAGCAGCAUCCCAGCUACAAGCCCCAGCAGCAGCAGAAUCCUAGCUACAAGCCAGCAGCAGCAGCAGCAGCAUCCUAGCUACAAGCCCCAGCAGCAGCAGCAGCAGCAACAUCCUAGCGACAAGCCCCAGCAUCCUAGCGACAAGCCGCAGCAGCAACAUCCUAGCUACAAGCCCCAGCAUCCUACCGACAAUUCCCAGCAGCAACAUCCUAGCUACAAGCCCCAGCAGCAUCCUAGCGACAAGCCCCAGCAGCAUCCUAGCGACAAGCCCCAGCAGCAGCAGCAGCAUCCUAGCUAUAAGCCCCAGCAGCAGCAGCAGCAUCCUAGCUACAAGCCCCAGCAGCAGCAACAUCCUAGCUACAUGCCCCAGCAGCAGCAGCAGCAACAUCCUAGCUACAUGCCCCAGCAGCAGCAGCAGCAACAUCCUAGCUACAAGCCCCAGCAGCAGCAGCAUCCUAGUUACAAGCCCCAGCAGCAGCAGCAUCCUAGCUACAAGCCCCAGCAGCAGCAGCAGCAGCAUCCUAGCUACAAGCCCCAGCAGCAGCAGCAGCAGCAGCAACAUCCUAGCUACAAGCCCCAGCAGCAGCAGCAACAUCCUAGCUACAAGCCCCAGCAGCAGCAGCAACAGCAACAUCCUAGCUACAAGCCCCAGCAGCAGCAACAUCCUAGCUACAAGCCCCAGCAGCCUUCUAGCUACAAGCCCCAGCAGCCUUCUAGCUACAAGCCACAGGAGCCUAGCUACGGCCAGCCACAGCCCCAGCAGCAGCGUCCUAGCGACAAGCCCCAGCAGCAGCAUCCUAGCUACAAGCCCCAGCUGCAGACUCCUGGCCAUAAGCCCCAGCAGCAGACUCCUGGCCAUAAGCCCCAGCAGCAGACUCCUAGCCAUAAGCCACAGGAGCCUAGUUACGACCAGCAACAGCAGCCCCAGGAGCAGCAGCAUCCUAGCUAUGAGGCCCAGGAUCAGCAGCAUCCUAGCUACGAGCCCCAGGAGCAGCAGCAUCCUAGCUACGAGCCCCAGGAGCAGCAGCAUCCUAGCUACGAGCCCCAGGAGCAGCAGCAUCCUAGCUACGAGCCCCAGCAGCAGCAGCAGCAACAUUCUAGCUACAAGCCGCAGCAGCAGCAGCAUCCUAGCUACAAGCCCCAGCAGCAGCAACAUCCUAGCUACAUGCCCCAGCAGCAGCAACAUCCUAGCUACAAGCCCCAGCAGCAGCAGCAGCAUCCUAGCUACAAGCCCCAGCAGCAGCAACAUCCUAGCUACAUGCCCCAGCAGCAGCAGCAGCCUAGCUACAUGCCCCAGCAGCAGCAGCAGCAACAUCCUAGCUACAAGCCCCAGCAGCCCCAGCAGCAGCAGCAUCCUAGUUACAUGCCGCAGCAGCAGCAGCAUCCUAGCUACAAGCCCCAGCAGCAGCAGCAGCAUCCUAGCUACAAGCCCCAGCAGCAGCAGCAACAUCCUAGCUACAAGCCCCAGCAGCAGCAGCAGCAACAUCCUAGCUACAAGCCCCAGCAGCAGCAGCAACAUCCUAGCUACAAGCCCCAGCAGCAGCAACAUCCUAGCUACAAGCCCCAGCAGCAACAUCCUAGCUACAAGCCCCAGCAGCAGCAGCAGGAACAUCCUAGCGACAAGCCCCAGCAGCAGCAGCAGCAGCAGCAGGAACAUCCUAGCUACAAGCCCCAGCAGCAGCAGCCUAGCUACAAGCAGUAACACAAAAGUUGUACCUUAUGAAGAUUACAUUGUGUACGUUCGCUUCGUUGGAAAUGCCAUCAAAUCCUGCAAGAUAAGCGGUCAAAGAACUGUGCAAAUGUGUUCUUGCCAUUACAUGGUUUUACUGUCCAAAUUUGAUAUGUGUACAGCAAAUAAUAAAAAUAUACAUUUUAAAUGGACAAAUUCGUCA